AUGGGAAUCUUUGGCGACAACACGUCUCCGUACGAUGAAAGUGUAGAAAAGGUUACGGCCGAGACUCUGACUAAUGAGAACUGGGCCCUGAUGAUGGAUGUUUCUGACAGAGUCGCUUCACAAGGUCAGAAAGGCGCUAAACAAGCUCUAUACGCAAUUAAGAAGCGACUCAACCAUCGUGAUCCCCACGUGGUGCUACUGGCAUUGUCUUUGUUGGACUGCGUCUGGAACAAUGCUGGUCAAUUCUUCAGACGAGAAGUUUCUUCCAACGAUUUUAUCAACGAAUUGAGUUACAGAGCGACAAGUGUAAGUUAAUAGCAUUGUUUAAAUAGGUUUAGAUAAAAAGUCUAUAAUAAAAAAAGAUAUAUUGAAAAUUGAAACCAAAAUGUGGUAAAAGGUAAAAUGAGUCAUUUCACAAAGAGUUAUGUUAAUGUUUACAGAGUAAUCGAUUGAUUGGAGAGAAGACCCGCCACAUGAUCAAGAAAUGGGUGGAGAACGAAUGCAAGAAGGACGCAUCACUCUCGCUAAUAGAGAGCCUUUAUCGUGAUCUCCGAGGAGAAGGAUACAGCUUCGAAUCCAGCGAGCCGACUAAGAACACUAAAAUCAUGUACAGCAAUGACCCCAACGUCGUGUCGACUGAGCAAGAGGAAGCUGAUAUUGCUAAAGGUUAGUGCCAUUUUUGCCAAUUCUUUAAUUUUUAGUACAAAACAAUUUCAAUGUGACAACUUUUCAUGUUGUUAUGUGAUGUGUUAUUUAUUAUUCCUCUUUAAUUAAUUUUCCUUUAGCUAUUGCAUUGUCACUUACGGAGUCAGAAAAGAAGAGCAGUUUUUCAGUACCUUCAUUUAACGACAUCAAGCCAGUGGCCAAGUGAGUUAUAGUAUUAACAUUACGUUCUCUGUUUAGAAAUGUUGUCAUCAGACAAGUCAAGGCGAUGUAUGACUUUGAAGCGGCCGAAGACAACGAGCUGUCGUUUAAAGUUGGUGAUCUCAUUAAUGUCUACGAUGAAAGGUAAGCUAUGUCAUAUAAAUUAGGUUUUCUUUUGUCUAACUACCAAUAAUUAGGUAUUCAUUGUUUAAUAUCAUUUAGUGAUUCGAACUGGUGGAGAGGUCAGCUUAUAACUGGCAACAAGGCCGGUCUCUUUCCAGCCAGUUUUGUGACAGCCGACUUGAGAGAGAAAUGUGAAGAAAUUGCACCAGCUCAAUCGCAAGUCGUGUCGGAAGAAGCCAAGAUUAACGAGGAUGUUCUGAAGAAGUGUCUUGACCUUCUGAAGCAAUGCGACCCAACUGGAAUAGUACCAGACGACCCAGAACUGGCCUACUUUGAACAAAUGAGCAUGGCCCAGAUACCAUUGGUUAAUCAGAAGCUUGCUCAGAUUGACAAACAACACAACAUGUUGGCCAAGGUUGAUGUGGCGAUCCGAGAUGUUCUAGCACAGUACGACCAAGCUGUCCAACAAGCUUCGUCCGCUCCACCUCAUCAGCUACAGCCUCAAGGAUAUCCUGUUUCAUACCAAAACCAGAUGGGACACAACGAUGCCCUACAAGAUCCCCGCCUGGCCAAUGACUCGAACCAACAACAAUAUCAGGCGUAUCAUGACUCCGGCUAUCAACAAUCUCAUAGCAAAUACCCUCAAUGA